UUUUAGUCAUUGCAGACAAGUGCCAUGUCCUGUGUCUGUGUAUAUUCAAAGUAAGAACAAAUGUUAUUCCAAUAAUACAUGGCUAAGGUCAAAGGCUUCUUGUAUGGUGUAUGUUUUGUAAGCUCAGUUGCUCUUAAUUUCUUCUUUGUAACCAACUCUCUUUUUGCUGGUUAUGAGAAUAAGCAGUUGAGUUGGAGCCAAAGGGCUGCUGCAGAAGCUGAAGCAGUGGCCUCAGUCUCAUGCUCUGGCCAUGGAAGAGCAUAUUUGGAUGGUUUAAUUGUUGAAGGGAAACCAGUUUGUGAAUGCAACACUUGCUAUGAAGGUCCUGACUGCUCUCAAUUCUUGCCGGACUGCGCUGCUAACGCAGAAAGUGGGGAUCCAUUAUUUUUGGAGCCCUUUUGGAUGCAACAUGCAGAAAGCAGUGCAGUCAUAGUUGCAGGAUGGCACAGAAUGAGCUAUGUAUUCGCAGAUCAUACUUCAAUAUCACAAGUGCUUCAAAACCACAUUCACAAAGUCCAUUCCAUUGCCAGAAAUGCAAUUACAAAAGGAAAAUACAUUGUUUUUGGUGUUGGCUCCACUCAACUCCUCUCAGCUGCAGUUUUUGCUCUUUCCCUCAAAUCAUCGUCACUUGCAAGGGUCUUUGCAUCAUCGCCUUAUUAUCCGGUAUAUAAAACGCAAACGGACUUCUUCGAAACUGUUCACUUUGAGUUUCAAGGAGAUGCAUCGGUGAUGAAAAAUACUUCAGAUUCUGGUGGAAAUGUGAUUGAAUUUGUAACUUCUCCAAAUAAUCCAGAUGGUCAUUUAAGAAAGGCGGUUCUACCAUCAGCGAACGCCAUUUAUGAUCGUGCCUAUUACUGGCCGCAUUUUACAGCAAUUCCUGCACCAGCAGAUGAAGAUAUCAUGAUUUUCACAAUUUCCAAGCUCACCGGCCACGCUGGAAGUAGAUUCGGAUGGGCUUUAGUGAAGGAUAAGGAUGUUUACCUUAACAUGUGCGAGUAUUUGGAACUGGCAGAAAUGGGCGUCUCAAGGGAUACUCAGUUGAGAGCUCUCCAACUUCUCAAAGUAGUUCUUGAAGGUGAUGGCAGCGAAAUAUUUCACUUUGCAUAUGAGAAAAUGAGGGACCGGUGGGAAAAGAUUAGCCAGACUGUAUCAUUUUCGAAGCGUUUUACUAUCCAAGAAAUUCCACCUCAAUACUGCAACUUCUUUGAGAAAAUCAGGGGUCCAUCUCCAGCAUAUGUAUGGUUGAAAUGUGAGAGGGAAGAAGACACAAAUUGCAAUGAUGUCCUAGGUGCAGCAAACAUCAUAGGUCGUUCGGGUAGGUUGUUCAAUUCUGAAGAUCGCUAUGUACGUCUCAGCCUUCUUAAGAGCGAUGAUGACUUCAACUUGCUGCUAUAUCGUUUGAAAGAACUUGUUACCAAGGAAAAUGGCACAGAAACAAUGUGUUGCUGAUGAUCAAUAUCUGAUUGAUUGUUCAGCAUAUUAUCAUUGUGCAAGUAAUAAAAUAAUGUAAUUAUCAUAUCUUGAUGGAAAGUUCAAUGCAUACUGACCUUCUGUAUGCUAAAACACAUCCGGGGAGAUUUCAGUAUUUGAUAUCCGCACCUGUAAAUUUCUUGAACUGCCCUAUAUUGGUUGCAAGUUGUAAGGUGUCAUGAAACGAUCUUUAUCUUGAAAGUUCAGAUCUUUUACUGCAUAGAUGCAGAUAAAUUGAAUACAAAUAACUUCUA